AUGGUGCCCAAGGCGGACAGCGGCGCGUUCCUGCUGCUCUUCCUGUUGGUGCUCACGGUCACCGAGCCGCUGCGGCCAGAACUGCGGUGCAACCCCGGCCAGUUCGCCUGCCGCAGCGGUGCCAUCCAGUGCAUCCCCCUGCCCUGGCGUUGCGACGGCCUGGUGACCUGCGAGGACGGGAGCGACGAGGCCGCCUGUCCGGAAGUGAGCGGGCAGGCACGUCCCCACCAUGGGAAGGAGGCUGCGGACCCCAGGCCAGGCCGGGCGCGCGGCGGAGACCCCUCGCACCUGCACGCCAUGAGCGUGGCGCAGCCCGUGCGGUUCGGCAGGAAGUGUCCCGCGGGGUGGCACCAUUAUGAGGGCACAGCCAGCUGCUACCGUGUCUACCUGAGCGGCGAGAGCUACUGGGACGCGGCGCAGACCUGCCAGCGCGUGAACGGCUCCCUGGCCACCUUCUCCACCGACCAGGAGCUGCGCUUCGUGCUGGCCCAGGAGUGGGAGCAGCCGGAGCGGAGCUUCGCCUGGCAGGACCAGCACAAGCUGUGGGUCGGCUACCAAUACGUCGUCACUGGCCGGAACCGCUCCGGACACUGGGAGGUGGCGUCCAAAGGCUCCUCGGAGGUGCUGCUGCCCCCGGACCCCGUCUUGGCGGCGGCCACGGCGGAGGGCGACAGCGUGUUCUGUGCGCAGCUGCAGUGCUUCCACUUCCCCACGCUGCGCCACCACGACCUGCACAGCUGGCGCACCGAGAGCUGCCAGGACAAGUCCUCGUUCCUGUGCAAGAGGAGUCAGACGUGUGUGGACAUCAAGGACAACGUGGUGGACGAAGGCUUCUACUUCACCCCCAAAGGGGACGACCCGUGCCUGAGCUGCACCUGCCACGGCGGGGAGCCCGAGAUGUGCGUGGCCGCUCUGUGCGAGCGGCCGCAAGGUUGCCAGCAGUACCGCAAGGACCCCAAGGAGUGCUGCAAGUUCAUGUGCCUGGACCCAGACGGCGGCAGCCUGCUGGACUCAAUGGCCAGCGGGAUGCGCCUCAUCGUCAGCUGCGUGUCGUCCUUCCUCAUCCUCUCUCUGCUGCUCUUCAUGGUCCACCGGCUGCGCCAGAGGCGCCGAGAGCGCAUCGAGUCCCUGAUUGGGGCGAACCUGCACCACUUCAACCUCGGCCGCAGGAUCCCCGGCUUUGAUUAUGGCCCUGAUGGCUUCGGCACAGGCCUCACACCCCUGCACCUUUCUGACGACGGGGAAGGUGGGACUUUCCACUUCCAUGAUCCGCCUCCGCCCUACACUGCGUACAAGUACCCAGACAUUGACCAGCCUGAUGAUCCGCCGCCACCCUACGAGGCCUCCAUCAACCCGGACAGUGUGUUCUACGACCCCGCAGAUGACGACGCCUUUGAGCCGGCGGAAGCACCCCCUCCCGCCACUGGGGACGGCAGCGGGGAGGGCACGGUGCCCCGGCACCCGGAGCGCACCCCCAGGGCCCCUCUGGCAAACCUGGAAGACUCGGCCGACAGCAGCAGCGCCCUCCUGGUGCCACCUGAGCCCUGCCCGGGUGGGGGCGCCCCUGCCCCAGAAGCGCUGCCAGGGGGCGGCCGGCAUAGCCGAGGUUCCCUCAACACCGUGGUGUAG